AUGGCGCCGCACUUUGUGCAAGGUGAAGUAGAGCAAUCGUUCGAAAUGCAGUGCGCGCAGUGGAUGGAACAGCUGAACCCACCAAGAUCGCUCGCCACAGUAAUAUACGUUUGUCAGAAUAUUUUCAUUUCGCAUCGUUGCCGGAAACCGGUACCUGCCGCGGCGGCCAGUAUAGGCGUGCAAAAGGUAGGAGCACAGCUGCUACGGUAUGGAAAAAACAGCGCAGACAAUCUUCCCAGCAGCAGCAAUCAAAAGCUGAUCGAACUACUCGCCAGUCUUCUCGCGGAUGAGCGAAUACCGUACUCGACGCAGAAGAUUAUUUGCAAGUCGUACUUUCGUUUGUGCUACUACAACAACCUACGCCAUGCAAUGGUCCCGUUUGAUGACGCAGCAGCUUUUGACGGCAAAACUGCCGCCGAGAGAAGCAUUAUCAUCUGGGGUAUGUUAGGAUCCCAUUUCAUUUCUUUUUUCGAGGAAAACUCGAAGCUACUUCGUCGGCUACCGGAACUCAAUCGGGAGCUGUUGGUUGCUAGUGCCGGUUACACGCGCUGGUUCAACACGGUUGUAGAAAAUAUGCUCAGCUUCGAGCGCCUGAACUCUUCCGUGGCAAAUUGUCAUCACUCCCCCGGCCAGGUUUGGUACGCAGUGUUAGCGAAUCUCGAAUCUCCGUACUAUGCAACACGCGAACACAUGUUCACAUUGCUGAAACAUCUGUUGAAGGUGAGGGCUUUCGUCUGGUCCAAUGUUCUGCCGGUGGUGGCUCGCUGGUCUUGGUUGAACCGUAACAAGUUUCACCUACUGGUACUGCUGCUAGACCAAUACUCGCUGGAGACUCUACUGCCACAGCUCAGCGUCGCAAUGACGGAACUUGCCGACGUGCUUAAAUUGUCUCUCAACUACAAGCAUCUAAUGCGCGGAGGACAGACGCUCGUCCGUACACUGCUUCGCGAAAACCGACCCUUCGUUUAUAAUGUGAUCGUUGAGUUGCUACGCACUGCAAAUAUAAACUUAUGCCGCAACAUGGUCAAACAUUGGUGCAGCUGCCUCUCACCAACGGAUUUGGCGAAAAUCUAUCGGCAGUUGGAACUAGAUCGUCUCGUACUGAAUAGCGAUGACACCGACGAAGCAAUGAACAGUUUGCCCGAUUUUCUGCAAUCUGACACUGCAUACGAGAAGCUAUACCUUGUAGCCAAAGUGUUCCGGCGACAGUUUGAAACGCACUCGAACCUCCACGGCCUACUCGUUCUUCUGUGCCAAUUGACCGAGCAGGCCAAACCAUCGCCUUUGUCUUACAGCCUUAUGUUUGAAACGCUCGCCCAUCAUAUUCGUAUUGGGUGGCGAAAGCCACAGCAAGUGAUCGACGCAGAUGACAAUGAAUGCGCUGUGUGGCUGCCCAUCGCAAUGACGAAACUGAUACAGUUUGCACUGGAAGUGAUCAACUCAUCAACCGAUAGCAACCUGUGCACCACCGUUGUCAAGGAGUGCCGACAGUUGCUGCAUCAAGUUCCGGCCACAAUAGAAGUGACAUCGACGGUUGGCCGAGAAACACAACUUAUCCUGGCACGUUUCAUGUCGUUUGAAAUGUACAAUAAUUAUUUGUUGACAAGUUCGUCCAAGCUGUACUUCUACCAUCCUACUCUUACAGCGCUCCAAAUGUAUUCUGCAUUUGUGGAGAUGUUCUUUGAGUUCCGUCCGACCAGCCCUUACCAAAUGGUGAGUCGUCCAAACCAGAACAUUGGGUGGAUUGCUCCACUGUUGCCCGAACCAUUAACGCUCGACAGUUUGGGCUCAUCACACCGAGUCGUCAUCUACUCACUGGAUUAUUUACUGCGUAGCGAAUUCGAGGACAUUCAACGGGCAACGGCCAAGCUUCUGUACAACAAAUCGACAGCGUACCAUUUCGAAAAGGAGUUACUUGGCAGGCUGGCAGAACUCUACUCUGGCAACAAAAACAGCACGGAUGUUGUUCAGUCAUGGCUGACAUCACUUUCUGAGGAUUUGGAGACUAUCGAAUACGAUCUGACGAUUGCUUUUUACAGCCAUGAAAACGAUUUCUAUGGUGCUGCUGUCGCGGAUGCAGCGAAAACCCCGGAAAGACAGCUGUAUCGUGUGGUGGACCGAGCGAAUGAAACGUUUUUCGGUUUUGAACAAGCACGACCGCUACUGCAACGGAUCGAGGGAUUCGAACGCUUAUUACAUCUGGUUGUGAAUGUAGUCAAUCUGGCAGUGGAGAAGCUUAAUUUGGCAAAACAACAGAUUGCCGAAGCGGACGUCGAAGCGGAAGUGGGAGCCGAAGCCUUAGCGGAAGCCGGAGCGGAAGCCGGAGCGGAAGUCGGAGCGGAAGCCGGAGCGGAAGUCGGAGCGGAAGCCGGAGCGGAAGCCGGAGCGGGAGCGGGAGCAGAAAUGGGAGCGGAAGAAGAGCCCACUGUGGAUGGAACAAACUUUGACAUUAUGGAUCGCAGCUUGCAGAUGCUACUGGAAAGGUCCGCGAAGUGGGUGGUGUCAGCGGCUUCGUUUAUCAAAAACUUCGCCAUUUGGCUCGUCGAUCACUACCAAGAACGGCAAAACGCACUAGAAACGAUCACCCGCUGCUUGGACGUACUAAUCAACAGCAUGCUUAACUGUUGCCAUCGAGCCGCUAUCGAGAACAUCGGCAGCUCACUAGGACUUUUGGUGCGCCAUGUCACUCAGUUGAAAAGUAAAGAGAUGGCCACGAACCAAUUACCAUCCAACAUUGGUGAAGAUCGUAGUCACCACAAUCGUCAUUUUCACCCGAACGCGAUCGUGCAGCUGUUCGAGCGAAAGUAUUGGACAUGCCUUGAAAUGCACGCCCGCACGGAGCAAUACGAGUUUCGUCGCCAUCGAGGCUACCUGUGGCUCGUGUGGAACUUUGUACGCAAUGAUACCGAUGGUAAUGUCUAUGGUUCAUUCUUGCGAAUGUACCUCGAGGAACAUGUGAAGCUGCGCGAGCUAGCCGCUGCCUAUUAUGCAAGUUUGGGUAACGAGCCUGUCUCUCAGCUCAGUGUGUUACAGCUGCACCAGUUGAAGUUGCUCGUUCAGGAUGCGUCACUGAACGAAACGAUACUCGAGUACGCCAAUGAACUACUGAUUGUUGCGCUAGUGAGUAUUCGCUCUAACCAGUGGGUUGUGCGAAAUGCGGCCAAUGGUCUAUUCACACUGCUCGUUACUAAACUGACCGGUCAUCGGCAACAGUGUUUCGAUCAGCAAUGCGCCUGGUUUCCAAAGUACGUCUCGCUUGACGAGCUGUGCGUCAAAUUACACCAUAGCAUGCCAUUCAUGAUACGUGUACUUCAAGAGAACCAGGAAUGGACAUCACACAUCAUACCUGUCUUGGUUCUGUUAUCAAAACUCGAAUACCGAGCGUACGGGAUACCUGUGCAGCAGCAGACGGUUUACAAGAUUCGCUUGGCUAUUUGGCAGCUACUGUGUCACCAACACAGCUUAGUGCGGCAAUUGGCUGCAGAAAGUUUCGCGAAUGUUCACGAUCACACUGUGCUACCGGCGAUCUGGGAACAUCUCAUCAUCACUCUAUUCACUAAAAAAUCUGAUGAUAACUUUCGCCAUGGUCUCUGCCUGGCAUUAGGUGCAACAGUCCGCAAAUACUUCACGUAUGCUCGCUACUUACCACAGAACGAUGACAGUGACGUUAUGCAGCAAACCGCUGCAAUGGACAUUAAAGCUGCUACUCUGCUCCGAGUACAGGCGCUUGUGCGAAAAUACUACCAGCUUGAUGCCGUACACAAUCCAAAAAGCACCUACCACUACCGUUCCGCAAUGCUCGAGUUUCUGCUCUUUCUCGGAUUUGAUUCCAAGGACGACGUUAUUCUGCAGUUGGUGCUAAACAAGCUUGCACCGAACAUGCACGGAGUAGAGGUGUUUCUGCUGCACACUAGCAAGCUGUACAACGGAAACCAAACCAACGUUCAAAUUGAAGUGACGCACAGCUCAGACAGUCACGAAUCAGUUGCGUCUCUGCCGGUCCAUAUUUUGCCCGAAUCGGAAGAUGAAGAAGAAGAUGAAGACUAG